AUGGCUACAGUGGCAAAGAGUGGAGCUGAGGUUAAUCAGCAUAAGCAGCUAUUCAAUAAACCAACUACCACAGCUGAGUCUCUGGCUGUGCAUAAGUCCCAGUUCAGGUUCCCAGCCUACGCACCCACUUGGGACCCCAAUGAAAAAUAUAAUCCAUACGAUGAAUUUGACUUUUCUGAUCCCGGCCUACUCGCAGAUGAGAAAUUAGUGAAUUUGUUUCCCAAUGGUUUGCCCUCCACAGAUGCGGACAAGAGGGCAUCUGCUAAUACUCAGUUAGUCAAAUUUGGCUAUUCCCACAUUGAAUUGACACCUAAGUUUGGUUCUGAAAUCAGAGGUAUCCAACUCAGUCAAUUGGGUGAUAGUGCCAAAAACGAUUUGGCUAGGUUUGUUGCCGAACGAGGCGUGGUUGUCUUUAGAGAUCAAGAUUUUAGAGAGCUUCCUAUCCCACAAGCUUUGAAAUGGGCAGAGCAUUUUGGUCGUCAACAUAUACAUCCCACAUCUGGAUCGCCUGAAGGAUAUCCUGAAGUUCACCUAGUAUAUAGAGAUGCGAACACAAGAACCUGGGACGAAUUUUAUGCGAAGAGAGUCUCCUCUGUAGGAUGGCAUUCGGAUGUGACCUACGAAAAACAACCUCCUGGUACAACUUUACUGGGUAUAUUGGAGCUGCCUACUGGUGGGGGUGGUGAUACUCUGUUCACGGAUACGACUGAGAUAUAUGAGCGGCUUUCUCCAGAGUUCAAAAAGCGAUUGCAUGGUUUAAAAGCUGUGCACUCUGCUCAGGAGCAAGCUGCUAGAUCUCAGGAAGGUGGUGGCGUUGUUAGGAGAGAACCUGUGAAAAAUUCCCAUCCAAUUGUUAGAACACACCCAGUAACAAAGAAGAAGUCAAUCUUUGUGAAUCCGUCUUUUACACGAUAUAUCGAAGGGUUCAAGUCAGAGGAGUCAGAAGCUUUACUCAAAUUCCUCUAUGACACAAUAGCUAAAAGUGCUGAUACGCAAGUAAGGGCCCAUUGGGAAGAUGGAACAAUUGUUGUUUGGGAUAAUAGGCGUGCUGUACACUCUGCAUUGUUUGACUGGGACGAUGGUCAGACCCGCCAUGCUUUCCGUUAUACACCUCAAGCUGAGCGGCCAUAUGAGACUCCUUACGAGGACUGA